GUGGGACAUCAACCUCGAGAAACACGAUGACAUCAGCGUCAGCAACGCACGCAUCCUCUUGGAGCAGUUCUUCCUGCUCUAGGACAGGGAGAACAUCCGGUGGAACUAGCUUCUCGAAUUAUUCUGAGAAGCUUUCCCACGACACGACUCAACGUCUGAAGAAGCAUGGUUUUUGGCCCCCUACCGAAAUCCAAAAGCGUGCUUUGCAACCAGUGCUGCAAGGUCGGGACGUCCUCGCUCGCGCGGCACCGGGAUCCGGGAAAACAGUGGCGUUUUUAGCCCCCGUACUGGAGAGAGCGGCACAGGUAUACUCGCGACAACAUGAGCCGAUACUGUGGCUCACGCCAACAGCAGAAUUGGCCGAGCAGACCCGUUUCGUAGCUGGGCAAGUCAAAUUAUGGUCGCUUUUUCUUCACUAUCCAGUGUGACUGUGAGCUAUCCCGAGUGGGAUGAUAACCCCCUCGAUUUGAAGGGAAAUUCUAAAAAUUCAAGGGGUAAGAAAGCCAGCCAGUCCACCAGCACGGAUCGUGCGCAAAAUUAGUAGCUUUAAUCAAAGCAGUGAAUCAAAGAGUCCUAUUACUCCAACCAGGAAUGAAUCAAGCGUUCUUGAGACGCAUUCUUAGAGAAGGACAUGACAUGCUGAUCGGAACGCCUGGAGUCUUAUUGAGAUUAGCUUCGUCGAGUUCAUCGUCUUCAGCAACCAAAAUAUUGAGUCUCCAUCCCCGUAUUGUGGUCCUGGAUGAGGCCGAUCAACUCUUUUCGAAGCAAUAUGUGGAUCAAACUCGAGAACUGUUGCGAUUGGUCAGCAGUACAAGGGAGCAAACACUAGCUUUCUCAGCGACAAAACCUGCCUGGCUGAGGGAUUUGAUGCUAGAAUGGUGCACAAGCAGCAGUUGUACUGCCAUCAAACAAAGGAGGGCGGCGACUACACCCGCAUCUUCGCAUAUUACUUCUAGCAAAUGUAGCAUUACGGCUGUACCUAAUACAUCUGUGGACGCAUCCUUGAAACGUAUGGAGGAGUAUCCUAAGGGAAUACUCCCCCAUACUUUUCAAGGAUGCACUUGAAAGAUGAUUUACGGACAGCUCUAAUAGUACGGACGGGGACAUUUAUAGCGAUGAUCAUGCAAUAUCUCCUUCAACAACAUCUCGUCGAUUAUCUUUUUCACCGACAGGAGGAGCCCCCCAUGGACCAGUAGCAGGAGCUCCACUUGAAAUAGAGACCGGGUGCGCCUUGAAUGCUAAAAUUUCUCAUCUUCAGUAUGCAUUACCUCCAUGUAUGGGGGGUGCUGGCGGUGGUUCGAAGAUGAAGAAUGUCCCUCAGAAGAUUGGGACAGCUGUAGGUCACGUACUAUCACAGUGGAGAGAUGGAAAGCUAGGACGUGAUCAUCAACAAGUUCUUGGUUCAAGAUCUUCACCGAACAAGCUUGCUCUUGUCUUCGCACCUACACGCAGCGACUGUACUCUCAUUAUGGAGUAUCUAAAACGACACUUGUCAUCUGGCUGCAGCUCAUCUCGAGAACAACUGCAAGUGCAGCAAUUGAGUGGUGCUAAGUCAGUCACAGAACGCAUGGACACCGUGAAAUCCUUUCGCAAGGGUGAAUUCGGUGUGUUGGUCACCACAGACGUUGCCGCCAGAGGUUUGGACUUGCCUGAAAUUAGUCUAGUAAUACACACACCUAGUGGGAUUCAGACGGCAACAUCUGCAGGAUCGCCUUAUGGGACUGGUCCGCUUACCUUUGGAUCUGAGUUUCCAUCUAGUGGGAGAAUGGCAGUUAAGUCGAAUAACAAGCGUGUCCAGAAUAGCAUUCCCACUUUGGAUACCUAUGUUCAUCGCGCUGGUCGUAUAAGGAUAGCGGGAACAAGUGUGGUAAUGUUGCCGGAAAAUACCAGGAAAGAGACUUGGAAAACUGGAGGGAUAAACAGUGACAAGAACAGUAUGAUCAGGGGGAAUUUUACUCGGGACAAGGAUGUAGAAGAGGAUGUAUUUGCAGACGAUGUUGUAAGCAGGGAAGCAUCGAGUUGUAUCAGCGGAUGUGGAAAAGUUUUCUCGCCCACCUCCACAGCCAAAAUGAAGAGAAGUUCGAACGCUACUAUUGUUGGCAAGAGAAAGAACCGGUUGAGACGUGUACAACGACAAAAGAGCGGACUUGCAAGGGCAAGGGCGGCUGCGAAUGCUUCAAAACAUUCUUCAUCAAAGAGGGACUUUCAUCAGAUUGCUUCCAAUGGCGGCUUAAGCUCUCUCGCGUCUCACUCUCACGUGCUCCUCUCUUCUCCGAAACCCAAACGUAUUCAGUCGCUCGAACGGCAACUGGGGAUUCGUUUUGCCGAUUUAGAGACUCCCGAUCCCCAAGAAUUGCGUGAAGAGAGGCUAAAAACGCUGCUUGAGGAAUGCGAGCGCGCCUAUGGCUUGGACACGGAGUCCUUUGCAAAGGACGUUGAGCACUAUCUCCAGCACUGUAUGGAUGAUAUUUCCUCCCCCAUCUUUAAAAACUGCUCAUCCUGGCACUCGUAAUUUCAAGGGGACAAGCUGCCAGGAUGGUCUGUCUAGAUGGAGGAACAAAGAAACGCCAUUCAUACACUACGAUGGAGCACAACUGUUAGCGCAAGCAUUGUGUCUGCUGGAGCAGAAGGAUAAAAGCUUUCAAUGGGCAUCUCCGUUGUCAGGGAAAAAAGAAUACGUUCCGGUUUUGUUUCCAAACUACGCUAGAAGUGCUGUGGAAGUCAGUAACGGAAACGGGGUGUUGAACAGGAUGAAGACCGCGAAGACUCCUAACGAAGCAGCUAAUGAACGCACAGUAGUACGGAGUCGUCCACAUUUGCUGUCAGUGAUUCAAAAAGCUCUGGAAGGUACUAGUGGAGCUGCGGACGGGCAGAGAGAGAACACCAGGGACAAUGAUCCAGAUUUUUUUGUUGCAGAUACAACAAGGGCAGGCUCAUCCCUCUCAAGAACACCAUCUGGCAUAAACCGUGAGCAGCGUGCUUGGGCUUCGCACUUCAUCAACCGACGUCUUGGUCGUGUGGCCUUAACGACAAAAGGGUACGUUGUUGACGUCAAAGUAGAUGAUUUGCGGUACAUAGUAGAAAAUCCAAUACUGAAAAAAAUGCUAAGACCUGUGUGCGUGUCAUCUGUGCCACCCAUAGUGAAAAAUGAGCAAAGGUAUCAGGUGUCGCAGUUCUGGAAGAGGAAAGGGAUGGGGAUGAGGACGAUGUUGGGAAAUGCGAAGGGGUAGGAAUGCUUUGUGAAGCAUCUGGAACUUUUUGACCUCAUAAGUUUAUUAACUUCGAUCAUGACGCUUUUUUACGCUGACCAUGACGCUUGAUUCGGUACUAUCAU